AAACUUUCUAUGAUCAGUUGUACAGAUUAAUCGGUGCGUUACGGAUGUAUUUUGCGCAUCCUUUCCACUUUUUGAGUUAUUUGGUGUAACGGUUAUUUUUUUAAAUAAGCUUUUAUCAUACAAUCGGAUGGCUAUCCUGACUUUGUAUAUACAAUAACAAGUGCGGAUCCAAGUUCUACAAGUGUCCUAGUUCCUCCAACAGUGUCGGGUCAAACCCUACCUCAGAAUUUAAUAUGGCAAAAACAAAUACGCCGUCGGAAAUAAUAACCAUUGAAGAUGAAUUCUUAGCGGAGAGUCUGAAAAAUUCUCGGGAAGAACGACGAGCUAACGGACGGAUGGUGGCCUUGAUUGUUGCAGUAUCGUUGAUAUUUCUUGCAAUAUAUCAUGCAUGGAUUCGCAAGUCGCCCGUUUUAGCUGGUGCCCUCGUUCCAGCGCUGAUCAUGCUAUUAUACGGUGGUUGGGUGGUGUUUCUUGCAAAACGGGAAAAAAGGCGACGUCUCUUGCUGGAGCAAAGAAUGGGUGAAAAAUUAUCUGAAAAAGGAUCAGAGUAUGGAACACAGGAAAACCUUAUAGUACAACCUAUCAAAUCCGAACCGGCCCCCAAAACAAGCACAAAACCUCCUAAAACGCCAAAUACGACCCAAUCGAAUAAUGACCCAGCAAUAACUCCAAAGAAAAAGCAACGGCGAGAAGGCGAAGUAAGUUUCUCUGUAGCACCAGUACCUGUACCGAUUCACAAAUAUAAUGGCGGACCGAGCCAUGAACCGCCUGGAGUAAAUUCAAAAAAAUUAGUAGGCACGAAUCCUUCGUCAGGAAUAAAGCGACCACCUACAGACAGAAGGGCGCAGAAUCACUUAACCGGCAAAGGUCUUCCAAUGCAGACGAAGCUUCCACCUAUGGAAUGGAACAUUCAGAAUUCCUCCAGGCUAACGAGCUAAAUACCUCAACCGGAAGCAGGACCCGCUGGGUUGUACGUGUUCAGUUCUAUAAACAAAUUCCAAUAAAAUUGUAAUUAUUUGUCUAUUUAGCUUUUGUAUUUCCUACGUAUUUUUAUUUAUAUUUCAAGAAUACGUUUUAUUUCUUUUACGGAUGCCUUCGCCAUUUUAAAAAUGUUUCUGUUGUUUGUUUUACAUUUAGAUAAUAAAUUUUCUGCUAAGCGAAAAGAAAUGAAAAAAUGUAGCGAUUC